AUGAUCCCAGCGAUCGUUUUUAUUUCUGGUUUGAUAUCUACAAGUCAAUCGUUGGACAAUGGGUUAGCAUUAACUCCUCCAAUGGGCUGGUUAUCGUGGCUGCGAUUUGGUUGCACCAUCGAUUGUGAGAAACAGCCAACUGAAUGUAUCAGUGAAAGUCUAAUAAAGAGAACUGCUGACGUGAUGGCUAGCGAGGGUUACCUGGAGGCUGGCUACCAAUACGUGACUAUUGAUGACUGUUGGCUGGAGAAGAAGCGUGGACCUGAUGGUCUGAAGUUUGGCAUAUAUGAAGAUUAUGGGAAUUACACUUGUGCUGGAUACCCUGGUGUUUUGGGUCAUGAAGCUGUAGAUGUCGCUACAUUCGCUGAGUGGGAGGUGGAUUAUGUGAAGUUGGAUGGAUGUGGUGCUCCCGAUCCUGAUGAAGGUUAG